AUGUCACCACACCACACCACGCCUAGGACGGGGGCUGCGGCGUCCGCCGCCCUCCUGCCUUCCAUCUGCCGGGACCCGGGCCGAUCCUCGGGACGUCCCUUUAGGGAUCUUGCGGGGACCUCUGUGAUAUCCAGCAGCCAAGAGGACCGUCCCGAGGGACCUCCCCUCCUCAAGCCACCCGCGGUGACAGUCAAGAAGCUGCAGAAGUGGAUGUACAAAGGACGCCUGCUGUCCCUGGGGAUGAAGGGUCGCGCUCGUGGGACAGCACCCAAAGUUCCCGGAGCGCAGGCAGCCUCUCCAAAUUUGGGCAGUUGGAAAGUGCAGGAAAACCACGUCCUCUCGGUGACUACGGACCAGAGAAUCACACUGACAGCAGACUUACUUGGGAGUGACUGUGGGCCUCCACUGAAGGAAAGGGACCCUGAAGAUGUAAAGGAUAACGCUGGGUUUAGAGGUCGCCAUCUCCUUAACAGCAUCACUGUUUCAAAGAAACGCAAUUGGCUGUAUCAGAGCACCCUGAGGUCGCAGAGUCUGGACCAGAGUAAGCAGUGCCAAGAUGGAAGUAAUUUCUCCCUCUCCCCGGUGUCUCCGCCCAGACACAGGCAGUCUCCGCCUGUCUCUAAGUCCCCCGAGGAACACUGCACACAUUCGAUGUGUAAUGCUGCCAGCCCUCCCUUAUCAGGAAGCCGCUCUUUAGACUUCAGUGAGGACACCGAUGCUGAUGAUGAAGGAGAAAUAUGGUACAAUCCUAUCCCUGAGGAAGACGAGCUUGGUGUAGCAAGUGUCUUGCGUCUUGAGGAGGGAAACGCUGCCACAGGGAGGCUCCCUGCUCUCAGUGUGAGCAUGUUCUCUGCUAGAGACCUGAGGAAGGCUGAGCCUCGUGGAGAAGAGUUGCUGUGUCCUGCCCAGCACACAGGUGAUAUCCAGAUCAUACAGUCAAAUGGAAUUAUUUCUGAAGCUUCCAUCCAUUCUACAGAAGCUGUGCAACAGUGCAAGCAAAGGUUAGGACACAGGACACAAGGCAUGAUGGCAGAGGACAUCCCCUUGUUGAAAUCUGCUUUUACAGGUCCUGGGAUCUUCGUUUCUGCAAACAGGACUGAGCUGAGAGCUAUGGAACCGUCUUCUCCAAGCCCGAGCCCUGUGAAGAAAGGCAGUUCAAUUACUUGGUCUUUGCCAGACAAAAUAAAAUCUCCACGCACUGUGAGGAAACUUUCCAUGAAAAUGAAAAGGUUGCCAGAAUUCAGCCGAAAGCUGGGUGCCAGGGGAACCUCGCAGUAUGUGAACAGUCCAGAGAGUACUUUGUCUAAAUGUGACUGUCGAGAACUGCCUCAUAGUGUUACUCUGUCCUCUGGAAACCCAACCAGGAACGUUAUAAGCCGGUACCAUCUCGAUAGCACUGUAUCGUCCCAGCACAAUUACCAGAAGAGAGCCACUGGGAGCUCAAAGUAUUCCUGCAAGGGUGGUUACCUCAGUGAUGGAGACUCACCCGAACUCAGAACCAAAUCUAGCAAGCAUGGAUCAGAGCACAAACUUGGAAAAGGGAGAGAAGCCAUUCCAAACAGUUGUAGCAAAAAUGAACUAGAUAUAGAUGCCUUUAGACAUUACAGCUUUGCUGACCAACCCAAGUGCUCACAGUACAUCUCAGGGCUCAUGAGUGUGCACUUCUAUGGCGCAGAGGGUUUAAAGCCACCCCGGAUAGAUUCCAAAGAUGUCUUUUGUGCAAUUCAGGUAGACUCAGUAAACAAAGCCAGAACAGCUUUGCUCACCUGUCGGACGACGUUUUUAGACAUGGACCACACUUUCAACAUAGAGAUUGAAAACGCUCAGCAUUUGAAACUGGUGGUGUUUAGUUGGGAGCCCUCUCCAAGGAGAAACCGAGUGUGCUGCCAUGGCACCAUUGUCCUGCCUGCUUUAUUCCGAGUGACAAAGACACAUCAGCUGGCUGUCAAACUUGAACCCAGAGGCCUUAUUUAUGUCAAGGUGACCCUCAUGGAGCAGUGGGAGAAUUCUCUCCAUGGCCUGGAUAAAAGCCGUGAAUCAGUCAUGUUUGGUGUUGACAUUCAGAAAGUCGUAGAGAAAGAAAACGUGGGCUCCAUGGUGCCACUGUUGAUCCAGAAAUGCAUCGUGGAGAUUGAAAGGAGGGGCUGCCAGGUUGUAGGCCUGUAUCGAUUGUGUGGUUCAGCAGCUGUCAAGAAAGAGCUUCGAGAGGCUUUUGAGAAGGAUAGCAAAACUGUUGGUCUGUGUGAAAGCCAGUACCCAGAUAUAAAUGUAAUAACAGGAGUUCUUAAAGACUAUCUAAGAGAACUUCCUUCUCCACUGAUAACAAAGCAGCUGUAUGAGGCCGUGUUAGAUGCGAUGGGGAAAAGUCCUUUGAAAAUGUCAUCAAAUGGUUGUGAAAAUGAGUUGGGUGACUCCAAGUUCACCGUUGGCCUGCUGAAUUGCUUGCCGGAUGUUGAGAAGGCAACCCUGAAGAUGCUGUUAGAUCACCUGAAACUGGUGGCUUCGUACCAUGAAGUGAAUAAGAUGACCUGCCAGAAUUUAGCUGUGUGCUUUGGACCAGUGUUGCUUCACCAGAGGCAAGAGACUUCGACCCACAGCAACAGAGUCUUCACCGACUCCGAAGAGCUCGCAAGUGCUUUGGACUUCAAGAAGCACAUUGAGGUCCUUCACUACUUGCUCCAGCUCUGGCCAGUGCAACGCUUAGCUGUCAAAGAACCCCCAGACAGUCUGUGCCUGGAGCAGUCAUCUCUGAAUCAUUUGAGGCGAAAGAGAGAACGACCGUGUGUAUUGAAUCUGAGCAGUACUGAUUCAUCCGGCGUGCUGAGGCCAAGGCCGGCCAGGCUAGAUAGUCCACUCAGCAACCGCUAUGCAGGAGACUGGAGCAGCUGUGGGAAAAACUAUUUUUUAAAUAUGAAAGAAAAUUUCAAAGAUUUGGAUUAUGAUGAUGUUCCCUUAGAAGAUGGGGAAAGUAGAGACCCUCCCAAAACGGAUGGAGCGGAGGUCAUGAUCAAGCAACAACACCCCGUGUCUAAAGCCUGCACGUUUCAGACGUACUUGACAAUGGAGACAAUCGAGUCUACCAUGAGCCAGAAGGCUAACCUCAGAGAUCUGCAAGAAAGUAUUGAUGCUUUGAUUGGCAGUCUGGAGCGUGAGCUCAAUAAGAACAAGCUGAAUAUGAGUGUGUGAGAUGGGGGCAGUUUUAUUUGUGAUGGUGGUGUCAUCAGGUUUCAGGUCAAUCCUCAGUUUCCUUUUUUACUCCUCUCAUGGAAUUAAGUUAAUUCCUAAUAAGUUCAUGUGAUUCAGUUACAAACACUAUUCAUUAAUAUGGUUGUUUUAGUUAUGACCAUUUGGGGGACGUUUUAAUAAACCUUGCUGGUCAUGUGGAGGAGACUUGGGGGUGUGUAUAGGGUCAGGGAGUUUUUACCCCUCAUGGCUUUGGUGCGUUGUGAGAACUGCUCUUCUGUAGAUGGGGACAGGUGUCCACUGCAGCUGGCCAGGCUGAUUUGCAGUCAGAGUCCUCGUGCAAUGCCAUUUGGUCACAUUUCAUUUGCAAUAUGAAUGCUGCUAUAUGAAAACUUUUUAUAAAUGUAAAAUUAUACAGAUAUUAAUUAAUGUAUUAACAUUCAGUAAUUAUUUAAGCUUAUAAAAAUUAAAUAUUUUUAUGAUUCUGAGAACAUGUAUAUAUUUAUAAGUGCAUUGUAGAUAUAGAUUUUACAAUGAGGGAAGGAGUUGACUGUAGAAUUCCAUGUAUUUUAAAAAGUAUGUCAUGAGGCCAAAUUUAUUAGCCUAAAAAUGUGUUCAUCAGGGAAAGACCGAUUAAGUUAAAAGAUAAGUUACAUAAAAGCCACUUGAAUGAAUACACACUAGAAGUGUUUGAGGAGAAAUGAUGGUGUUUCUGUUUUGCUUCUUAGACUCAGUGUCCCUGUGAAAAGUCAUACUCUUAAGCUGAGCCCUUCAGCUGAGUAAGGGAUGGAGUGACCCUGCAUAGUGACCUAAGCAGACUUCACCUGUUCUGUGCAUUUUUGCUUUAUGUGAAUCUGUAUUUAUUUGUAGUGGUACACUUAAAUGUUGACUUCACAAUUGCCCUUGUUUCUAAAGAAGUCAUCUUGCCAGGAUGCUACAUUUUUACAAUUUUUUUUUAUUAACUUAUUAUUAAGUACAUCUGUGAGGCAGUUGUUACAGAAACCAUACUGGUGUUUGAAAAGAUGUAAAUUUAGAAGGUUUUUAAAAAUUAAAUUGUCAUGUGUUUUAAAAACUUUCAUACUGACAAAUGUGUAAUUUUAAAAGUAUAAAUGAAACUUGAGUUACCAGGUUUAAAGUGUGACAGCUAUGCAAAAACUGGUUUCUUAAUGUUUUUCUAAAUAUUAGAGUAUAAAUGUAACAACCACUUCUAUGUAAUACACAGAAUAUUCAGGUAUUUAAUUUGAAAGCCACUAUAUAAAGAAAAAUAACUAUUUUUAUGUGAGACUUUCUUUUUUUACAACUUUGUGUAACAAAUACCAGAGACUAUGCACCAAGAGUGUGUCAUGAGUAAACAAAGUAUUGUUAAAUGUUUUGUGGGGAAAGUCUCUGUUUCUUCCCUUUGUGUCAUGUAUGUAAGUCAAGUAAGUGGCUCCAGAAAUGUCACUUUUAUUAAAGAUAUUAUAACAGUG